AUGAGUGAAAGCCGAAGGUUUAUUUGGUGCAUAUUAUUAAAGCUAAGUAUUGAAGAUAUAAACAAAAAAACUCCAAUACAUGAACUAGUACAAAAUGCAGACAAAGCCCUUAUAAACCAAGUAAAUUGUGAUGUAGACCGUUGUGAAUUGCCGAGUGAUAGUGAUAAACUUAAUUUAAAACGAUUGAUUAUCUCAGUUUUUUCUUAUCGAAAGGAACAAUAUUCUUAUGUUCAGGGUAUUCAUGAUAUUGGAAGAGUUUUCAUGUCAUUAUUUUGUGAAUAUAAGAAAUCUAAAUUAUCUAUUAUAAAAAAAAAGUUAAAAUUAAACCAAAUUUAUAAUAAUUUUGAAACCAAUGUUUUAUGUAAGCUUCUAAUAAAGAAAUUUAAAACAAAAAAAGGUAGGAUGGAUAUCUGCUUUAAGACUUUUGAUAAAUUUCUUAUUUUGUACUCAGCUCCGUAUAUAUACAAAUCAGAUAGUAUAGAUCAAAUAAAUCUUGAAUACGUUCUUUCAAAUAUUGUACUAGAUCUACUCUAUUUACUUAAUAAAAGAUCUCCUUCUCUAUAUCAUUUUUUCCUUAACUUAAAAGCAAAAGAUGAUCGAGAAUCAAAAAUAUUUAUGUUUAUUUUGCCGUGGAUAUUAACUUAUUUUUCGCAUAAUAUUUCAGUUAAACAAAACAAAUUAAUUUAUUAUAUUUUUGAUAAUAUCAUUUCAAACCAUCCACUAUAUAUCAUUUUUCUUGUUGAAGAAAUUAUAUUUCAAUGUAAAACGGAGCUUUUUGAUUAUAUUAAGCAGAACUUUGACUCAGAAAUAGCACAAAAUAACAUAGAAAAUGAAAUAUACCCUUUUGUUCAUUUUUUUUUUCAAAAUUUGGAUAUUUCAAGUCUAGAGUGGAACUUAAUAAUUAAAAACUCACACAAGUCUCUAUCUAACACUAGGCUUAAUGUAUUAAAUAGCCAUUUUUUGUGGGGAAUUGAAAAAGAAUAUAAAAACGACUUUAAAAUUGGUCUUUCUCUUAAUACAAAAAUUAAUGAAAAAGCGAUAAUAUAUUUGAUGCUAAUAAUAUCAAUUUUGAGUUUAAUAAUUUCGAUGUAUAUCGGGGAGUUGAAUUUUUUGAAAAUAAUCCAUUAUUAA